ACUGCACUAAGCAUUAGUUGGAUUAGUUGCUGGUAUCCAUAGAGUGGCAGGGCAAACAUGGUUUAAGAAACAUAAUUCUAAAGAAAGAGCACAUCCAGACUGCAGUCAACAUGGCCUUCAAGGAACUCACAUCACAGGCAGUGCUCCUGUAUGAUGAAUGGAUUAAAGAUGCUGAUCCUAGGGUUGAAGACUGGCCCCUCAUGUCCACUCCUAUCCCACAAACCAUCAUCAUCGGCGCUUACAUCUACUUUGUCACAUCAUUGGGCCCCAGGAUCAUGGAGAAUAGGAAGCCGUUUGCUCUGAAGGAGAUCAUGGCAUGCUAUAACUUGUUCAUGGUUCUGUUCUCUCUGUACAUGUGCUAUGAGUUUCUCAUGUCGGGCUGGGCUGCUGGAUAUUCCUAUAGAUGUGACAUUGUCGACUACUCUCAGUCACCUCAGGCGUUAAGGAUGGCUUGGACCUGCUGGCUAUUCUAUUUUUCAAAGUUCAUUGAAUUAUUAGACACUGUCUUCUUUGUGUUACGUAAGAAAAACAGCCAGAUCACAUUCCUGCAUGUCUAUCAUCACUCCAUCAUGCCUUGGACGUGGUGGUUUGGAGUCAAGUUCGCUGCAGGUGGUUUGGGCACAUUCCAUGCACUGGUGAACUGUGUGGUUCAUGUUAUCAUGUACAGCUACUACGGGCUGUCAGCCUUGGGGCCUGCCUACCAGAAGUACCUGUGGUGGAAAAAGUACAUGACGUCUAUCCAACUGACCCAGUUCCUCAUGGUUACUUUUCACAUCGGCCAGUUUUUCUUCAUGGAGAACUGCCCGUACCAGUAUCCCAUCUUCUUGUAUGUCAUUUGGCUGUACGGGUUUGUUUUCUUACUCCUGUUCCUCAACUUCUGGUUCCACGCUUACACCAAAGGGCAAAGGCUGCCGAAAAACUUGCAAAAUGGUCACUGCAAGAACAAUAACCAAGAAAACGCCCAGUGUAAGAACCAGAGAAACGGUGCAUUGAAGAACAAAGAACAUUGACCGUACGAAUAAGCUCAGAGAUGUCUAGCCGUAUCCCACAGUAGUAUUACUUGACAAUCAAGCAUACUGGGGGUAGUAGUCAACUGUACAUAUUUUUCCAAACUAGUCAGAACCCUGGAUUUUUACUCUAAGUUAUUGGGGUUUAUAUGCUGUAGAGAACAUGGACCUGUGGGGAGUUGGCCAACAAAUGUACAUAUAUUUAACUAAAAUAAUAAGACAACUGUUUUGUUACCUGAAAAGCUAGCAGGCUUGUAGACUUAUCAACACAUGGGUGUGCAUGAAAAGUACCAUUACUUUGAACACCGUGAUGAAUAUUAACGAGACAAUGUAAUAAAAGGUUCAGAAUUUGCCCCAGGUCUUGUAACUCGUAGCAACCAACCAGAUCUUUGCUCUCUUCACUCCCUGCUAAUUGGUUGUUAUGAGUUACUAGACCUAGAGCUAAAGCUGUACCUGUUAUGAAAUUCCCCCUAAAUGUUUUGUUAAUGUAAUGAAUAAAGUCACACAACAAACUUGGAUCUUUCAAGAUAUGAACUGUUUUGUAAAAGCAUCUGCUACGUUUGCUGUAGAAUGGCUACUUGCCUGCAGUUUUGUACCGGUCGUGCCAAAAUAAAAUGAAAACCUUUUGCCUA